AUGGUGUGCAGGACCCACACCCAGAGGCAGCAGAUGUCCAACAGCAGCUCCAUCACCCUGUUCCUCCUCCUGGCGUUCACAGAGACGCGGGAGCUGCAGCUCCUGCACUUCUGGCUCUCCCUGGCCAUCUACCUGGCUGCCCUCCUGGGCAACGGGCUCAUCGUCACCGCCAUCGCCUGCGACCACCGCCUCCACACCCCCAUGUACUUCUUCCUCCUCAACCUCUCCCUCCUCGACCUGGGCUCCAUCUCCACCACUCUCCCCAAAUCCAUGGCCAAUUCCCUCGGGGACACCAGGGACAUCUCCUACGUGGGAUGUGCUGCACAAGCCUUUCUAUUUGUCUUUUUAAUGUCAGCAGAAUUUUUUCUCCUGACGGUCAUGGCCUACGACCGCUACGUGGCCAUCUGCACACCCCUGCACUACGGGACCCUGCUGGGCAGCAGAGCUUGUGCCCACAUGGCAGCAGCUGCCUGGGCCGGUGGGUUUCUCAGUGCUCUGCUGCACACGGCCAGUACAUUUUCACUCCCCCUCUGCCAUGGCAAUGCCCUGGGGCAGUUCUUCUGUGAAAUCCCCCAGAUCCUCAAGCUCUCCUGCUCAGACACCUACCUCAGGGAAGUCGGGAUUCUUGUCGUUAGUGCCUGUUUAGGGUUUGGCUGUUUUGUUUUCAUCCUUUUCUCCUAUGUGCAGAUCUUCAGGGCUGUGCUGAGGCUCCCCUCUGAGCAGGGACGGCACAAAGCCUUUUCCACGUGCCUCCCUCACCUGGCCGUGGUCUCCCUGUAUAUUGGCACUGGCACAUUUGCCUACCUGAAGCCCCCCUCCAUCUCCUCCCCAUCCCUGGACCUGGUGUUGGCAGUGCUGUACUCGGUGGUGUCUCCAGCAGUGAACCCCCUCAUCUACAGCAUGAGGAACCAGGAGCUCAAGGAUGCCGUGGGGAAACUGAUCAAUGGAUGUUUUUCAGGUGCAAGAAACUGCUUGUUGCCUUCUCCACAGCACUCAGAAUGGAACUCAUGA